CACAGUCUUAUCUGAUAACGUCAGUAAAUGAGUGAGUGAACUUUUUGUAAUGUGUAUAUUAGCAAAAAACCUGAUUUGGGGAUGUUCUGAAAUUGUAAAACUUACAAAUGCCCUUGCGUCUCAAAACAGCAGGGAGAACUCAGGUUAUUUUGAGCACUUUCGGAACGUGAGAAAAAAGGCUGAAACCCUUCUGUUAAUAACAGGAAAUGCAAUGACUGUCAAUUUCACAAUAGACAGGAAAUGUAGUGCAAAAUACAGCUGUACUCAGGGUGAACCUCAGCCCCUAAUGAGCUUCAGUUUCAGUGGCUGUCAAGUACAAACAGUGCUCUCACAGCGAAGCUUUUCAGCUGUUGAUUCUUCAUUUUUUUAAAAAUACAGCUAUAAUCGUUUUUCCACUAUUGAUGUCAGAUUCUGCAGUAUUUGCAGAGUGACAAAGAGGGAUCAAAGCGAGGCGUGGAGAAUUGAGAGGGGGAAACGGGGGCAGAGGGAGCGAGGAGAGGAGGAUGGCGAGCGUUUCAUCGGAUCAGUCAGCGAGCGUGGAUGAACUGGUGGAGGCCUGCAUCAAAGCCUUUGAUGAUGAAGGGGUGCUAAACGACCCCUCUCUGGUACGAAUGUUUCUCAUGAUGCAUCCGUGGUACCUUUCCUCCACUGACCUGGCCAAGAAUCUCCUGCAGAAGUCUCAGGAGGAGAAUUGCACUGCCACUCGCCAGUCUCAGAUUUGUCAUCUCAUCAAGUACUGGGUGGGCGAGUUCCCAGCCGAGUUUGACCUGAACCCGGAGCUGGCUGAGCAGAUCCGCUGCCUGAAAGAGCUGCUGGAGCAGAACGGGGACGUGAGGCGCAGUCUCCUCAUAGACAUAGACAGCGUUCCGUCAUAUGAAUGGAAACGGCAGCUGACAUCAACCGUCCAGAAGAAGAGUAAAACAUCUCUGCUGUUUGACCACCUGGAUGCCUCUACCCUGGCAGAGCACCUCACUUACAUGGAGUACAAGUCCUUCUGCAAGAUCCUGUUCCAGGACUACCACAGUUUUGUAAUGCAUGGCGGCACUGUGGAUAACCCCAUCCUGGAGCGCUUCAUCACCCUCUUUAACAGCGUGUCCCAGUGGAUUCAGGUGAUGGUGCUCAGUAAGCCUACAGCCCAGCAGAGAGCUACCGUCAUUACCGACUUUAUCACAGUGGCCCAGAAGUUGCUGGAGCUGCAGAACUUCAACACGCUGAUGGCAGUGGUAGGGGGUCUGAGUAACAGCUCCAUCUCCAGACUCAAAGACACACAGGCUCUUGUUGGAAGCGAUUCACGAAAGCUGUUCGACGGGCUGGUGGAGCUGGUCACAUCAUGUGGGAACUACAGCCGCUACCGCCAGCGCUUCUCCGAGUGCACAGGCUUCCGUUUCCCCAUCCUGGGCGUGCACCUGAAGGACCUGAUAGCCGUCCAUGUGGCCCUGCCAGACUGGGCCGACCCAGAGAAGAGCCGGGUCAACCUGACCAAGACCCAGCAGCUGUACACCAUCCUGCAGGAGCUGGCGCUGAUCCAGAGCACGCCUCCCAACAUUGAUGCCAACCCAGACCUCCUCAAUCUGCUCAUCGUGUCUCUGGACCAGUUUCACACAGAAGAAGAGAUCUAUCAGCUCUCCCUGCAAAGAGAACCUCGCAGCCUGAGAUUAUCCUCAUCCAGCUCGAAGCCCCAGUCCCCUCUAAUAGAGCAGUGGGCGUCUUCAGUCAAACCCAAGGCUGAUCCAGUCAUCAUCAACAAGCACAUUGAGAAGAUGGUGGAGUCUGUUUUUAAAAAUUUUGACACGGAUGGCGAUGGCUCCAUUUCCCAAAGAGAGUUUGAGACCAUCCGGAACAACUUCCCCUACCUUACCAAGUUUGACGACCUUGACCAAAACCAGGAUGGCAGAAUUAGCCGAGAGGAGAUGAUACAGUACUUCACUAAAGCCAGCUCCUUGCUGAACUGUAAGAUGGGCUUUGUUCACACAUUUACAGCCAUGAACUCCUUCAAGCCUACGGUCUGCCAGCACUGCUCAGGCAUUAUGUGGGGAUUUUACAAGCAAAGAUACAAAUGCAAAGUGUGUGGAGUUAGCUGUCAUAAAGACUGCUGCAGUCGUUUGGCCAUUGAGUGUCGUAAACGGGCAAAAAGUGUCAGCCUUGACAGCCCCAUUCCACAGUUCAGCCGUUCUCUCAGUUUUCCUCCUCCCACUAGAAAAUACACCAGCCCUGAGUGCACAGCUAUCAUCGAAGAACCUAAGGAGAGCGUAGAAGAUGAUGUGUUUGAUGAACGCCUCUGAUGUGGAACACAGUCUGCCUGUUACUCUGCAAAGUCUACAAACAACAUUUCACUGACGGACCCUCAUUGAUUCCCAAAAGUGUGUGCGUCUUUGAAGCUGAGAUGUGAUCCACACUUUGGAUCCUUCCCAUGGUGAAUAUCGCAGCUCUUCUAGAAAGAAGUGCAUAAAGAAAAUCCUCACUACUUGAAAGGCUUGAAUUGCCUAAUAUGUCGAUUGGAAUAUAAAAAUAACUGUUUUAGUGUUUUGAUUUUGGGUGAAAAGUAAUAUAUUUUUUUUAAGCUUAACAAAUAAUACCAUUCCCAUUGUGUUACACUGGAUCAAAAUGAUUUCUAUUGUAAUGAGCAGACGAUUUUCUCUCUUAAAGAAAUGUAAAUUUUAUCCCCAACUGAAUUCAUAUUAUAUACGAUUUAAGCAGGGGAUUUUAAGCCACAAGGUCACACGAAUGACAUUUCUUACAGGCAUGGUGCCACGGUCAUUUUGUGAAUGCUCUUACAUUGUUUGCCAGUAGGGGGAGGUGUUGGUACAGAUUGAUUUGUGUCUCUCCCAUGUCUCUGUACAUACUUUGGUAUAAUCAUGAUGUACAUGUGAAUUGCUGUGGUUUCUAUGUCUCAAUACAUUUAGAAGUGUGUUAACAAUAGGCUUUUGUCUUUGUUCUUUUGGCUGUCAAGUAGGAAAAGCUGUCAGAUGCUGCAUAAUGCCUGUAAGCAGUGAAUAUAUCUCCUCAUUAAAGGCAAGA